UAGUAUUUCAUCAUCAUCCAUCUCGUUCCUUCAUCUCUUCUACAAACAUGUCUAACGGUGUUGUCUCUACCUCUCACUCUGAGGAUUUGGCUUUCUCUCGCGCCCUCCACGGUGAUGAGCUUAAGACCGGCUUUUUGUCCAAGAUGGCUUCCAAGAACAAGAAUGUCCACAACGCUGCUACUGGUGAUUACCUUAGCUUGUGGAAGAAGCCAGAGAACGAAACUGAAGAGGACGAAAAGAAGCGUCUCGACUCAUACACUCAGUUGACCAACACUUACUACAACUUGGCCACUGAUUUCUAUGAGUAUGGUUGGGGUACUUCUUUCCAUUUCUCCCGCUUUUAUCCCGGUGAGGAAUUCAACAAGGCUAUCGCUCGUCAUGAGCAUUAUCUUGCCUUCAAGAUGAACAUCAAGUCUAACUACCGCGUUCUUGACGUUGGUUGUGGUGUUGGUGGUCCCGCUCGUGAGAUUGCUCACUUCACUGGUGCUCACAUCACCGGUCUUAACAACAACGAUUACCAGAUCGCCAGAGCUUUCCACUACGCCAAAAAGGAAGGUCUUGAACACCAGACCAACUUCAUCAAGGGUAACUUCAUGGAAAUGCCCUUCGAAGAGGCUCAAUAUGAUGCUGUCUAUGCUAUCGAAGCUACUGUCCACGCUCCCAAGUUUGAAGGCGUCUAUGGUGAAAUUUUCCGCGUUUUGAAGCCCGGUGGUGCCUUCGGUUGCUACGAAUGGUGUAUGACUGAUGACUAUGAUGAGACCAACGCUGAUCAUCACCGUAUUGCCCACGGUAUUGAGAUCGGUAACGGUAUCCCCAAGAUGCGUAGAAUCGCCGAAUGUCUUCAAGCUCUUCGCAACGUCGGUUUCGAGAUUGAGAUCCACCAAGAUUUGGCUAACGUUGGCGAUUCCGUCCAAUGGUACUAUCCUUUGGAAGGUGAAUUUAAGAAGUGCCAGUCUGCACGUGACUACCUCACCACUAUUGCCAUGACCCCCGUUGGCCGAUUCACCACCACUCAAAUGGUCCGCGUCUUGGAGAAGGUUGGUCUUGCUCCCAAGGGCUCAUACGAUACCCAGAAGUUCUUGGAGACCGCUGCCGAUGCCCUUGUUGAAGGUGCUCGUGCCAACCUUUUCACUCCCAUGUUCUUCUUCGUUGCCAGAAAGCCCGAGUAAAUUCAGUAGAUGUCUUUAUAAUUUUUUCUUUAUCUCUUUUAAACAUAGUAACGUAAUUAGAUUCGCACACUAUUCAGUCCUUUAUCCUUUUGUCUUUUCUUUCUAACUCUGUCGCCAUCACUCUCAUCUUUGUUAAUCAAACCAACCAUUUUGUUUCUUCCUAUGCAGGAAGUAUAAAAAAAAAAUGAAAAUGGGCAGAAUUGCCCGCUGCCAAUGAAUGAAACCCUUUCCAUGAU